UAUACAAAUGAUUUCUUUGGGGGAAGAAUAGAUUGAUUUACUUGUAUAGCAGUAUUUCUUUGUAGUUUACUAUGACUGCAAUAACUGUAUAUAUCUUAUUGAUUACUAUGUUAUUUCAGAAUUUUCUAUUCGCGAGUGUAUAUUCUUUCAUGAUCUUUUCUUCUAAUUCCUGUUGAUGAGUGUAAUGGGUCAUCAAAAUUUAGGGAAUGAGGCACAACUGUCUCUUUGGAUAUUUUUUGAGCGAUAUCUCUUUCCACUUGAUAUUAGAAAUCAGUGAGCUGUGCAAAUAAUAAAAUCGUCUAAACGUAUAUUGAAUAUUUUGAUGUAGACCUAGAGUGCAAUAUACAGUUCCUUUUAAUUUCGUUUAUGUCUUCAACAUCUGUUUUUCAGGAUUAUUUACAGCUGAAGGUGUUUUGAGAGUAAUGGGUGUAGCUGGAUUAACCAUUUAUCAUGUCAAAAGCCACCUACAGGAUCUAAAGAAGAUAACAAAAUUUCUGGAGACAGCAUGGAUUCUCCUCCGGGACUGCAAAUUAACGAAGCUUUGAGGAUGCAGAUGGAAGUUCAGAAGCGACUCCAUGAACAACUUGAGGUACAAAGACAGUUACAAAUGAGAAUAGAAGCUCAAGCAAGAUAUUUGCAAAAAAUUAUUGAGGAGCAAGAGAAGUUGGGGAGUUCCCUGAUAGCCCCCGAGGGGCCACCUGGAGCCGAGGAUAAACAGUUCCACCCACACUCACACCAGGCAGCUGAUGCUUCUACUCCUUCUCAGUCUCCUCAGAAGAAGCAAAAGGUGAAUAAUGAAGGUUCAGAUAGGUCUGCCCCUUCUUCUGCUGCAUCAGAAAUUGUAACUCAUUGGAGUCGGAACUUGUACAAUUAUCAUUCCCAUUUCAGUGGUCCGUCGAGUUAAACUUACUGUGAGUCUGGAUAUAUUUGCAAUGACAUAGAAAUUUUGUAGGUGGUCUAUGUAGGAAAUUGAGGAGGACCUCGAGGACAGAACCCUUUGGUUAGACAUCUGUUUAUGGUUAGUCAUUACGUUGCUUCUUCGGCCCGAACCAAGGAAUCCCUUACCCCUACCUUAUCUUAUUUUCUCUUACCCUCUGCUAGUUCUGUUAGGACUUGAUAUAUGAAAUGUUUUAUGCAUGCAUAGUAUGAAACUAUUAAAUGUUUUAGUCAUAAUCAAACUAUUAAAUGUUUUAGUCAUAAUCAAUCGAUGCUCCAUCCUGAAUCCACACCCACUGAAACACAUAAAAGGUGAGUGACUAGAAGAGCUGAACUACUUAACAUGCUUAACACUUUAUUGCCCACAGCACCAAACACUACACAUGCCUAUUCUUCUUUUUGUGUAUCAUCUACCACUCAUUUUCGAACGUAAGAGAUGAGACACUUCUCCUACUACAUUCUUCUUGUGCUCCUUCCUUGCAUAUGUGUAUCAUCACACACUCAGUACUCACUCUGGGGCUAGAGUUCCUCUGCAUUGUUCAGGCUUGAAUAAUAGACAUUUGUUUUGUUUCAAGAGCGGUUCAAUCGGAAAAGAAAUGAGAAAAAGACAUUGUGUUGAAUAGUAGGAUGUCAUCGUUUUCAAGGCAAACUCCACAUUUCCUUCUGCCAUUUUACGCGACUACUUUCCUUUUUCGAAUGUUUCAACAAGAAAUCAAUUUUUCAUUUAUAUCAUAUAUUUAACAUUAUUAGUUUAUUACAGUCACACCUUCACAUAUUACAAUUUUUUAACAUUCACUAUCUCAAUUGUGCUAGCUAUCCAAACUAAAGUCAAAAAUUCGAAUCUUAAACAACAUGCUAGUCGAACCGACCCAUAUAAAAUGAGACAAAGGCAAUAUACGGGUGGUACAUAUCUAUGUGACUAAAAUUUCUCAUAGAAUUUUGAAUUUAUUAAUAUAUUUUUACAUAAAUGAUAAACAGAGAGGUCAGAACGAGCUUAUGGGAUUGGGUAUGAUCUGAAGAAAAAGGCAUCCAUGUGACAUGAUGGAAAAGGAAGAGGGAUGGGCAUAAUA